GUUCUCAACCUUUCCUGAGACCUUUGCCGGUCUUGCUGCUCUUCUACCCACUACUGCUUCUUCUCUUGCUGUGUGGGCCCUGUCCACAAACCGGGGCUGCUACCAGCCAGACCAGCUUCCCAGCACAAAGAUGCCUCAGGUGUGAGUCUCUGACCUUGGACCUCUUUUGGAAACUCUUUCUCAGAGAUCCUCGCGAUGAUUUUUGGUGUUCUUGUCUUCCUGUUUCUCUCUGAGGAGCUCAGUGCUGCUGAGAUGGGGACCACGCUCAACCUGAAACACAUUGUCAUCGGCCGGUGCUACAGCUAUAUCACACUCGUGAGACCUAACUCGAGAUACGACUGUGACGAGAUCUGGAGGGAGUUUCAGGAAGCAGUGGUGAGGAGGGCCCCUUGCGGUGUCAGGGUGAAAGAUUACCGCCGGAUGUUCCACGCCGCAACCCAGGUUCUACCCUGCGAUAGGCUCCUGUUCUGGAGUAAGACUAGGCAGUUAGUCCACAGCUACUCAGCUGUCACGCACCAUUUCUGGACCCUUGAGGACACCCUGGUGGGCUACAUGUUCAACGACCUCAUCUGGUGUGGGCAGCAGGAGAAAGACAGAGGGUUCGACUUCCAAUCCUGCUCCGAGUGGUCGACUUGCGUGAACCAUCCUGUCUACUCCCUGUGGAAGCAAGCUUCAGAAAACUUUGCAUCCUCCGCCUGUGGCAACAUCACGGUCGUGCUCAACGGCUCCAUUGAAAAUGCCUUCAGCAGGAAAAGUAUGUUUGGUGGCGUCGAGCUGGACAACCUGAACCCCAGAAUGGUGAACCAUGUCAACAUCAAGGUGGUGGCCAAUCUGGACGGGCCAUUUGUGGAGUCGUGCACACGGGGCUCCAUCCUGGACCUUAUCGCCACCUUGCAGACCAGAGGAUUCCGCUGGACCUGCAGUGACAGUGAUGUGACCUUGAUGAUAGUACAGUGCCUCCAGAACCCAAGACAGUUCUCUUGCCAGACAUGGCAGAAAAGCUUGAAGCACAAAGAGCAUUCCAGCAGAUAGUGUGCCCCCUACUGGAUGGGAGGACACACAGAAAAUCACUUUAUUGCAUGCCUGCUAUCAUCUUUCUUCCUUCCACAAAGCCCCAGAAUUGAAAGAAGCGUAA